AUGAUUUGGGAUGAGGUGUUCAACAGCAAAAGCUCAGUCGUCCUGGACCUUGGCCCUGGUGGGCGGGCCGCCUUCCCCGACUUCCAGCCGCCAGCUAGGCGCCCCAAGCGGCGGCCCACUGUCAUCUCACCGCUGAAGCUGCAAGCAGCCGCCUCUGCUGCCGCCUCCGGCGCUGCGGCAGGGCCCGCGGCAGCAGCGCCGGAGCCUGCUGAGCCGCCUGCCAAGAAGCCCCGGGGCAGCAGCAAGGGGGCUGGCAAGGCUGCUGGGAAGGGCGGCUCACGCAAGCGGGCCUCCGCCGCCAGCGACGAGCAGGAGCCGCCGCGUCGGCGCGGCUGGCCGCCAAAGAAUGCAGCGGCGCCGCCCCAGCGCGACCAGCAGGGUGCUGCGCCGCCGCCCUCUCAGCAGCAGCAGCAGUCAUGGCGGCUGUCGCCCAGCCAGGCGCAGCCCAGCAGUCAGCAGCUGCGCCGGCGGCAUGCCACCCAGCAGAAGCAGGAAGGCUCCAAUCGCGCGGGCCCCAGCCAGCCGGCUGUCCUCCCCGGCGGCGGUGACAGCGAUGACGACGCAUUCAGGGAACCGGGCCCCAGCCAGCGUGGGCCCAGCCAGCGUGGGCCCAGCCAGCGUGGGCCCAGCCAGCAGGGCAGGGGGCGGCCGGCACAGCGCAAGGAGAACGACUGCAGCGAUGUGCCAGACCCAGAGGGCGCGCCGGCAGCGGGGGUUGUCAAGCGUGUGGAGCUGCAGCAUUUCAUGUGCCACACCCACCUGGCCAUAGACCUGUGCCCCAACGUCAACCUGCUGACGGGCGCCAACGGCAGCGGCAAGAGCGCGGUGCUGCAGGCGCUGCAGUGCUGCCUGGGGGCGCGCGCCUCCGACACGGGGCGGUACCGUGCCAUGAAGAAGUUUGUGCAGCGCGGCCAGGCGCAGGCGGUCAUCAAGGUCACCCUGUGGAACACCGGCCCCGAGGCCUACCGCCGCUCGCUGCUGGGGCCCGAGGUCACUGUGGUGCGCAAGAUCAACGACACCACAGGCGGCGGCUACGAGAUCCUGGACUGCAAGGGCCGCUUGGCGCUCAAGGGGGUCCGGCAGGCCAAGGAGCUGAUUGAGGAUCUGAGCAUCGAUGCCUCCAACCCAGCCAUCGUCCUCACGCAGGACAUGGCGCGCAGCUUUGCUGGGGAGAAGACUGAGGGGGACAAGUUCAGGGGCUUCAUGCAGGCCACCCACUUUGAGACGACCCGGGAGCACCUGCAGAGCGCGUGCGAGCGCGUGGGCUGCAUGCAGGAGAAGCUGGAAGCCAUCGCCGCCAGCAUCGAGGCCCUGCAGCAGACGGUGGCGGACAAGGAGUCGCUGCUGGAGCAGCUGCGAGGUACGCUGCAGUACGGUACAGCACCGUACGGUGCAGUAGGGUAUGCCUAUGGCGUAUUUUGCGGAUGGUUGCUCUCUGUGGGGCGUGGCGUUGACGGCCGGCUCCGCGGCCUGCUCCCGGGCGCUGCUGGUGCAGAGGUCAAGGCGUGGCAGGACCAUUACGACAAGCUGGUCAAGUGCCUGCAGUGGGCGCCAGUGGAAAGUCUCGAAAAGGGCAUCGCGAUGCUGCGCGAGGCGCUGCACGACACCUUCCCCGCCAAGCAGCAGGCGCACGCCGCCCAGGCAGCCAGCUACCAGCAGCAGCUGGCGACGAUCGAGGCGUCCCUGGAUGAGCAGCAGCGGCUGCUGCAGGAGGCCAGCGCCGCGGCGGAGGGGCACGACCGCCAGGUGCACCGCCUGCGGGAGGAGGCCAAGGGGAAGCGGGAGGAGGUGCGGGGCUGGCAGCGCCAGCUGGGCGAGCACCAGGCGCGGGUGCAGGAGCUGGAGGAGGAGCGGGCGGCGCUGGAGGAAGCUAACCAAGAGGUGGCCGAGGACUUCAUGCGCAGUACGCAGGAGGCGGUGGCGGGCCACCGGCAGCGGGUGGCGGCAUGCCGCGACCGGUGCGAGCGUGCGGGGGUGGCGGCCAGCGGGGCCAGGCAGUACCGCGCGGAGCGGGAGGCCGCGCUGGCGGCGGCGCGGGAGGGCGUGCUGGCGGCGGAGCGGUCGCUGGUGGAUGGCCAGAACCGGCUGCGCCGCGUGGAGGGCGACCUGCAGCGCCUGCAGGCCUCGCAGGAGACGCCGCUGGCCAAGUUUGGCGGGCAGGGGACGGUGGAGCUUGCCGCCGCGGUGGAGGCGGCGGUGCGCGCGGGGCGCUUCCGCCACCGCCCCAUCCUGCUCGGCUCCCAGCUCAGCCUGGCCGACGAGCGGUGGGGGGUGGCGGUGGAGGCCGCCAUGGGGCGCACCCUGAGCUGGUGGAUCGUGGACAACCACGCAGACGCCGCGCUGCUCAAGGCGAGCGCCGCUGCAUGCAUGCACGCGCUCGCGCUGGCAGGCCCCUGCAUGCUGGACCUGCGCGGCGGCCUGCGGCUCGCCCCGCAGGGCUUCUCCGUCAUCGUGGCCUCGUACGCACACCCGCGCCACACCAUCCCGCCCCACAUGGUGCCGCCCGAGGGCGUGCCCACAUGCCUGCGCUUGCUGCGCAUCCAGGAGGGCCCCGCCGCCCACGUGGUGCACAACGUGCUGGUGGACCACGCCUCGGUGGAGCGCACGCUGCUGACGCACACGCACCGCGAGGCCAAGGAGCGCGCCCGUGACCGGGACUUCUGGCAGCAGUACCGCAUCGCCAACGCCUUUGCCAAGGAUGGGUCCAAGGCGUACCGCCGCGGCGCCUCUGAGUUCUCGCUGCCGCCAGACAGCUCCCGCCCGCUGCGCCCGCGCCUCGUGCGCGACCUCAGCCAGCAGCUGGCGGAGUGCCGGGGCGAGCUGGAGGAGGCGCAGGCAAGCCUCUGCAGCAGGCAUCGGGGCUGGACCGCCGUGGCGGCGCUGCAGGCGACCGUGUUUGAGCAGCGGCAGCAGGCGGCGGAGGCGCAGCAGGACCUGCAGCGCGCGGAGCAGGCGUUCCAGGCCUCGCUGCGCGAGAAGCAGACGCUCGACACCCAGUACCAGGAGGCCCUCAGCCAUCAGCCGCUGGACGUGGAUGUGGGAGCCGGCGACGGCGAGGCGGCGCAGCGCCUGGCCCAGCUGGGCAACCAGAUUGCCGAGGCGGAGGUGCAGGCGGAUGUGGCGGAGGAUGCCCUCAAGGCGGCGCAGGCGGAGCUGGAGCGUCUGGCGCGGAAGCUGCUCGAGGCGCGGGCGGUACCGCAGCAAGUGGCUGAGCAGCUGGCCACGUGCCGCGACGCCAUCACCACGCUAGCCGCAGAGAAGGAGGGAGUGGCGCAGGCGCUGGCGGAGGCGCGCGAGGCUUCGGCCGGCGUGCUUCAGAAGAUGGCGGUGGUGGCCGCCAAGCUGGCGGAGGCGGAGGGCCACUUUGAGCAGAGCCUGCGGGACGCGGAGGGCGUGUGCAGCCGGGAGGAGGCGGCGGCGAUGCGGGCGCAGCUGGUGGCGGAGUGGCACAAGGAAGGGCAGAGCGAGGAGGCGAUCCGGGGCCUGCUGGAGCAGCCAGCCAUGGAGCGGCGGGUGGCGCAGGUGGAGCACAAGAUUGUGAAGCGCGAGGCGGAUGCGCAGAGCUCGUACGACCAGCUGGAGGUGGAACUGGCAGACCUGCGCAACAAGCUGGCCAAGCGGCGGCUGCGGCACGCAGAGGGGGAGGAGGCGCUCCGGGAGUGCGAGAGCGGGUGCCACAUACGCCGCAGGAAAUUCAAGGAGAUUCGGUACAACGUGUCCACCAACUUGUCCAAGUCGUUCCAGCGGUACCUGGGGUACCGCCAGCACUGCGGGUCCAUCGACGUGGACUACAAGCGCGAGCGGCUGGUGUUCAAGUUCAUGGACGCCAUCAACCGCCGCCUGGCCCUCGAGUUCCUGCUGCAGUUUGCGUGGCGCAACCCGGAGCGCCAGGUCCUGCUGCUCACGCCCCAGGACGUGUCGGUGCUGGAGGAGGCCAAGGGGCACGUGGAGAAGCAGCUGAACCGCAGCCUGCCGCCCAACUUCAUCAAAAUCCAGCGUAUGCGCGCGCCGCGCGACCGCCAGCAGCAGCAGGAGCAGGCGGCAUAGAGCGCACGGCGCACGCCGCGCAGCAGCCAGCAGCAGCCGGCGAGUGCGCCCGUCGGUUGCCUGCGGCUGUGCCUGACACCGCAGUUUUGUCUUGUGCCCUCAGCCUGCAACAUGGCUGUUGUAUGUGGCACCCUUAGCUUGUUUCGGUUUGCUCUCCUGACCCCAGUUCAACUCUUUGCAAGUUGCCAACCCUGUACCUGCCUCACCGACCCAUCAUCCGGCCCUGCCUGCGGCUGGCCAGAAGUUUUCCCGACCCCAUGAACCCUGCUUGAACGCAGCGCGCGCUGCGCCUGCUGUUGUGGACCCCAAACCUGGAAGCUUUCCUUACAUGGG